UUAGAACGCUAUAGCAUCUCACAAUAUAUCCUUCAAAUCGCUAGGCCUAUUCCCAUACCAAUGCAAUCUUUGAAGUCAUUGUUUGAUCGCAAGAUCCAAACUCUAUUUCCGCUUGUAUUGUACUCUGUCCUGCUCCUCGGAACUUCGAGGCUAGUCCUCGACAGUUUAAGGAGCGAGAACAGCUACGUUUUCAAGGUGUAUGGAAGGCCAGCACAGGGACAGGGUGGAAGGAACAAAUUGCCGAUGGCGGUGUUGCCGGAGGACCGAAUCGGAGAAGAUUGCAAUGUGUUUGAAGGGAAGUGGGUUUGGGAUAAUGUGUCUUACCCUCUUUAUGAGGAAGAGAGUUGCCCUUACUUGGUAAAGCAGACCACUUGCCAGAGGAAUGGAAGGCCUGAUUCUUUUUACAAGAAUUGGAGGUGGCAGCCUCAUCGAUGCAACAUCCCAAGAUUUGACCCUCUGACGUUGUUGAACAUGUUGAGGAACAAGAGAAUGAUGUUUAUUGGGGACUCGUUACAGAGAGGCCAGUUUGAGAGCAUGGUCUGUUUGGUACAGUCUGUAAUUCCCAAAGGAAAGAAAUCCCUCCAAAGAAUUCCACCUAUGAAGAUCUUCAAAGCAGAGGAGUUCAAUGCAUCAAUUGAAUACUACUGGGCUCCGUUCAUUGUGGAAUCAAUUUCAGAUCAUGCAACAAAUCAUACUGUACAUAAACGUAUGGUAAGGCUAGAUUCAAUUGCUAACCAUGGAAAACAUUGGCAAGGAGUGGACAUAUUGGUGUUUGAGAGUUAUGUUUGGUGGAUGCACAAGCCUCUCAUCAAUGCUUCUUAUGGAUCCCCAGACAGCGUAAAAGAGUAUAAUGUGACCACAGCAUACAGUUUGGCUUUGGAAACUUGGUCUAGCUGGUUGGAAUCCAACAUCAAACAAGAGACUCAAAAAGUCUUCUUUAUGAGCAUGUCUCCCACACAUCUCUGGAGCUGGGAAUGGAGGCCUGGUACAGACGAAAACUGCUUCAACGAAUCAUAUCCAAUCCAGGGUCGUCCAUAUUGGGGGAGCGGCUCGAAUCUGGAGAUCAUGAAGUUAGUACAUGAUGCACUUCAAAAGCUGCAAAUCAAUGUGAUGUUGUUGAACAUCACCCAGUUAUCAGAGUACAGAAAAGAUGCUCAUACAUCGCUUUAUGGCGAACGCAGGGGCAAGCUCUUGACAAAAGAACAGAGAGCCAACCCAAAAUCUUUUGCUGAUUGCAUUCAUUGGUGCUUACCUGGAGUCCCUGAUGCAUGGAAUCAGAUCCUAUAUUCAUAUCUAUUGAAGGAUUAUCAAAACUUUUCUUAACAUGCCCAAAUGGCGCUGGCAUCUCUCAAUUACGAUCUUCAUAAUUUUUCAACAGAAAGUGGAAACAUAGUAAUUGGAUAUUCAUAUGAAGUAGUAGAUACGUUAUGUACCAAGGAAAAGUUGCACAUUUGCAGCCUUGUGAAAGAAGAUUUACAAGACACAUCUUCAGUUAAGGAAAACAUCAUUGAUAUUAU